AUGAGCACCACCGCUACUGACGAUUCCUUGAACCCGACCCCAACGAACCCGACCCCAACGAACCCGACCCCGACGAACUCGACCUCGACAAACCCGACUCUAGUGAUCCCAACCUCGACCACAAUGGAAUUUCACCGCACGAUCUCUCCAUAUGAUUUGACUGCUGCCGACAAUCCUGGUGCUGUGAUCUCUCAUCCGCUGUUGAAAGGUACGAACUAUGACGAAUGGACUUGUGGAAUGAAGACAGCUUUAGCUUCACGCAAGAUAUUCGGUUUCUUGGAUGUUUUGCGUUCCAACAUUUCUCAUCGGGAUGUUGCCAAGGACCUUUGGGAUCACUUGAAGAAGCGUUUCUCCGUCACCAACAGACCACAGAUUCAACAACUCAAGGCAGAGCUUGCUUGUUGCAAGCAACGUGGUCUCGCUAUUGAGGCGUACUUUGGCAAGCUUUCCCGAAUCUGGGACAAGCAAGAUCGCGAAGACGAUAAAGUGCAUCAGUUUCUCUUUGGACUUGAUGAUAGCAGUUUCCGUACUGUUCGUUCUAGCUUGGUUUCUCGGACUCCACUUCAGCCUAUGGAGGAAGUGUAUAACAUUGUACGUCAAGAAGAGGACUUGGUUCGUCAAGCAACUCAGACAUCUGCUGAGCAACUUGAUGUCACUGCUUUUGCUGCUCAUUCUCAUUUUCGCCGGGAUGACAAAGACAUGGGUGUUCUGUGUAAGCACUGCAAUCGACCUAGUCAUCUCUCUGAUAGUUGCUACGCUGUCAUUAGGUAUCCAGAGUGGUGGGGAGAGAGACCGCGGACUCGCACAGCACACGGUCGAGGACAUGGAGGCUCUGUUGCAUCUUCCAGUGCGGGUCGUGGACGUGGUGUGUCCUAUGCCAAUGCUGUGCAAAUCUCCGCCCCUGCUACCGACCAUGCCAACAGCUCCGUGAUCACUGACGCUGAUCGUGAUGGUGUUGCUGCUCUGUUUCAUGCAGAGUGGGAAGGCAUCAAGAAUUUAUUGAACAAACGGGCUCCGUCUGCCAUCACUGAUCGUCUAUCGGGUACGUCAUCUGUUCUCUCUUGGAUCCUAGAUACAGGUGCAUCUCACCACUUGACAGGUCGCUUAGAGGUUUUAUUUGAUUUGAAAGCCAUGGCACCAGUUAUGGUCAUUCUCGCUGAUGGUAGGGAACAUGUUUCUGUUUUGGAAGGCGUUGUUAUUCUUGGGGCUGGUUUGAUUUUGCGAUAUGUUUACUAUGUUGAGGGGUUAUGUUCUGAUCUGAUUUCUGUGGGGCAAUUGAUGGAUGAAAACCGGUGUGUGGUUCAACUUGCUGAUCACUUCCUUGUUGUUCAGGACCGCACUUCGAGGACGGUGAUUGGAGCAGGAAAAUGUGAGCAUGGAACGUUCUUUUUCCGAAACAUGGAGGUAGAUGGUUCUGUGACGACACGGACAAAGGAGUCUUAUGAUCUGUGGCAUCGACGAAUGGGUCACCCUUCUGCAAAAUUGUUGGUCAACUUCACAAUGUUUCAGUUUCAGUUUCUUUAG